AUCUGUAACCAAUAAUGGCAUGCCACGAUUGGCUUCACACGAAAGCACUCGAAAUUUAUUUUAUUUGCAGAAAAAUAUGAUCCGCUUGUAGGAUACUAAUAAGCGCAUUACAGGCGCGAGAGAGGUUAAUGAGACAGAAGUUUUUUGAAGUUUAUAUGCUUGAUUUCGGUGUCACUGGGACGGAUUGAACCAACGUUCAGAGAAGUGAUUCUAUUCCAGAUUGCACAGAAGGGAUUUGUAGUUAGUUGUCAAGGAAGCUAAUGCAUUUCAAAAUUUUGGAAGGGUUUACAAAGUGUUAGAGUUGCUGGCACUGUUUGGAAACAGGAUAUAUGUUCUUGAAUAGCAGAGAAGAAUUACACUGAUGGGGCUUGCUUUUGUCAAGACAGGGCUGUUUCUUGUCCUCUGCUUUUUACUAUUCAGCUUGCAGUUGGCAUUUGGUCUCAGGUUUGUAAUUGACAGGGAGGAAUGCUUUUCCCAUACUGUUCCAUAUGAUGGGGAUACUGUGCACAUGUCUUUCGUUGUAAUUAAAGCAGACACCUCAUGGCAUUAUGAGGAUUAUGGUGUAGACCUUGUGGUGAAAGCUCCUUCCGGUGAACAAGUUCAUGAUUCACGUGACAAGGCAGAGGAUAAGUUUGAGUUUGUGGCACACAGUCAAGGACUUUAUCAGUUUUGUUUUACUAACAAAUCUCCAUACCAUGAAACUGUAGAUUUUGAUAUACAUGUUGGCCAUAUUCCAUACUAUGAGGAGCAUGCGAAAGACGAUCAUUUUAAUCCUUUGAUGCAACAAAUUGCUAAAUUAGAAGAGGCCCUUUACAAUGUACAAUUUGAGCAGCAUUGGCUUGAGGCUCAGACUGAACGUCAAUCAAUCAUAAAUGAGACUAUGAGCAGAAGGGUCAUUCAUAAAGCAUUCUUUGAAUCAGUGGCUCUUAUAGGUGUUAGCCUUCUUCAAGUGUACCUCCUACGACGCCUAUUUGAACGGAAGCUUGGCAACACAAGAGUAUAGCUUAGUUUUUCAACUCAUUUUGGAAAUUCCCUGGAUGUUUGGUCACGUAGGAAAGCUGGGAAGUGAAUUUUGAUAAAUUGUAACUCUCAAAUGGUACACAUCAAAGCUCUCUCUGUUUUUCUGAUUUAUGAAACUCUCAGUUUCAAUUGAACUGGGAGUUCUUAGUUUCUAACAGAAUUUGAAUUAAUCUAACUUGAUAGUUGUAUAAUGCUUAUAAUUUUAAAUUAUGACUUGAGAAUUAA